AUGCAUUACACGCUCAAGAUGGAGUCCUUCUCAAAUAUCGCUAAAUCCCCAUCAAUACUUAAAUACACUUCGGUUAAUUUUAAAGUUGAUGGCUAUACAUGGAGAUUGCAAAUCUAUCCUAAUGGGAACAAGAAGAAAGGAGGGGAGGGUCAUAUUUCCAUUUAUAUAGAGUUAAUGGAUACUUCAUCCCUCCCAACCGGUUGGACAGUAACGGCUGUGGUCAAUUUGUUUGUGUUUGAUCAAAUUCGUGAUAAGUAUUAUACUGUCCCAGAUUAUUCGCUGGUGCGCUUUUCUGCUGUAAAACUGAAAUGGGGUAUCACGAGAUUCGUUAAACUUGAUGUCUUUAAUGAUUCUUCAAAUGGAUACUUGGUGGGUGAUGCUUGCGUGUUUGGUGCCGAGGUGUUUCUAAUAAAACAGCCCAUCAACAAAGUGAAUGUGCUGUCUUUAUUGGGUAAAGGAUCUAAUGAUCCUUUGACUUGUACCCACAUUUGGAAAAUCGAAUCUUUUUCUACUCUCUCCCUUGAUUACUAUGAGUCCGACAAAUUCACUUGCGGAGAUUUUAAAUGGUGGAUCAAGCUCUAUCCUAAGGGUUGUAGUGGAGGUGCGGGGAAGAGCAUUUCGGCUUAUCUACAUUUGGACAAGUCUAAUCUUCCCUCGGAUACUAAAAUCUUUGUUAAUUAUACUAUUGGCAUCCAAAAUGUGGUUAAGUCAAAUAUCAUUAAAUCCGGAGGGGAGUCUCACUUUGAUGAUUUGUAUCCAGCUUGGGGGUUCCAGACGAUCAUUUCAUUAACUAAGUUUGAAGACUUAAAAAAUGAAAUCUUGGUUAAUGAUGUUUGUGUUAUUCAGGCUGGUGUUACCAUUGUAGGGAUUGUCACUACAAAAUGA